CCUUUCUCAGUACAACCAUAUCCUUCCUUCGGUUGUCUUACCAUCCUUUGCACUCCUUCUAUGCUUCAAGGCUUUUAAUCAUAUGCUUGUUGGACAUCCAUCUUCCUCCAUUCCCUUCUACUUUUGUGGGAAACAGAGCAACAUCAAAGACAUGGCACCCAGGCCCAACCUAUAUCCACUCAAGACUCCAAAGAACAUGUCCUUCCCCUCCGAGUUACAAGACAAUCCCAAUGUCUCAUCUGAGACGACCCGACGAGAAGGCCGCAGAACGGGCCCCUCGGUACCACCACCUCUCGCCUACACGGAAUUCCUCAGAGCCCUCAGCCCUGCCUUUGGCAGCCCGGAGCCUCCCAGCACAGCAGGCGUUACACGAUGGCACUUCGGCCGGCCGCUGCCGUCACCUGUUUCAAUGCCUUCCAGUGCGUCGAGUGGUAGCUCCUUUCACGGCAGUGAAUCUGUCAGGCGCGGUCCCAUGUCGGUUCCCCAAUCGCCAAUGACACUUGCGCCGCGGUCUGCUCACGGCCUCGGUCCAGUGAGACGAAUGCCCAUCUCGCCCCACUACUUGUACUCUCCCGCAACAACUGAGUCACCCCAGAGCCCUUACACUGUCAGGACGACGCUGUCCCCUGCUGAGUGGAGACGCAGAUACACCGACUCUCCUGCGAGUCCAUACGGGAGAACGGUCCAAAUCCAACAUGUGGUCACUCACACAGUGACCUUCAAGCGUGCUCCUUCUCUGGAGCCCCCACCCAAGGGAAAGCGCAGAAGGACCCAUGACUCGUGAGAUCGCUGAAUCAAGAUCUUGAUCUCUUUUCUCUUUUCUUUACGUUGAUUUUAGGUCUUUCGUUUUUCUUUUACCUACGUGUCUGGGUCGGGAUUUCCGGAGUUUAACAUCAAGAUUCGGUUUUCUUUACUGCGUUUCAAGCAUC